UGUAUUCUUAUUACUUAUUUCCUUAUACUUCUGCUUGAGGAGGAAGUCUGUGAAGAAGUGGAGUUGGAUGUGGAUGUGGAUGUGGAUGUGGAUGUGGAUGUGGAUGAGGAUGAGGAUGAGACGCUUGUUGAUGAUGAUGGCUUGGAAGUAGUGGUAGUGGUGGUUGAUGCUGGACUGGAUGCUUUGACUGGACUGCCAAGGGAAACGUUUGGUGAUUGUGGCGUGGUUUUGGAAGAUGCCGCUGCCCUCAAACUAUCAGUGAGCAAUGAUAUCUUUGGCUGGAUCGUCACCUUCUUCUUCUCCUCGACCUUUGAUGAUGGUGACAGCACUGCUGAUGAUGUAACUGUUGGUACAAAUGUUGUAUCAGCCUUUGCUGCUGCCACAGGGGCUGGUGUAGCCACUGGAGUUGGUACAGUCACAAGGGUUGGUGCAGCCACUGGUGUUGGUGUAGCCACUGGGGCUGGUGAAGUCACAGGGGUUGGUGUAGCCUUUGGGGCUGGUGCAGCCACUUGUGUAGUCACAGGGGUUGGUGUAGCCACUGGAGUUGGUACAGCCACAGGUACUGUUGAACUUGUUGACUGA